AGUGGUCGUCGUCGCGGCGGCACCGGUGGGAGCAGGGCGCGGGGCUCAGAGUGCUGCGGGAAGGAGGACGGGCAGCCGCGGUCUCGCACCUUCGGCGGCGGAGGAAACAGGCGUCGUCGGUUGGGUGCGAGUCAGCUGAACCGACGAGCAGGUUUUCAGCCCGUUCCCUGCCCGUCGGUGCCUCAGAGCCGGGAUCCGUUCUGCCGGCGUCACCAUGACCAAGGCCGGUAGCAAGGGCGGGAGCCUCCGCGACAAGCUGGACGGCAACGAGCUGGACCUGAGCCUCAGCGACCUGAAUGAGGUCCCCGUCAGGGAGCUGGCUGCCCUCCCAAAGGCCACCGUGCUGGAUUUGUCCUGCAAUAAACUGAGUACUCUACCGUCGGAUUUCUGUGGCCUCACACACCUGGUAAAGCUGGACCUGAGCAAGAACAAGCUGCAGCAGCUGCCAGCUGACUUUGGCCGUCUGGUCAACCUCCAGCACUUGGAUCUCCUCAACAACAGGCUGGUCACCCUGCCUGUCAGCUUUGCUCAACUCAAGAACCUGAAGUGGCUGGACCUGAAGGACAACCCCCUGGAUCCAAUCCUGGCCAAGGUGGCAGGUGACUGCUUAGACGAGAAGCAGUGUAAGCAGUGCGCCAACAAGGUGUUACAGCACAUGAAGGCAGUGCAGGCGGAUCAGGAGAGAGAGAAGCAGCGGCGGCUGGAAGUAGAACGAGAAGCUGAGAAGAAGCGGGAAGCCAAGCAGCGAGCUAAGGAGGCGCAGGAGCGGGAACUGCGGAAGCGGGAGAAGGCAGAAGAGAAGGAGCGCCGCAGAAAGGAGUAUGAUGCCCUCAAAGCAGCCAAGCGGGAACAGGAGAAGAAACCUAAGAAGGAAACAAAUCAGGCUCCGAAAUCUAAAUCUGGCUCUCGCCCCCGCAAGCCGCCACCCCGGAAACACACCCGGUCAUGGGCUGUGCUGAAGCUGCUGCUGCUGCUGCUGCUGUGUGUGGCUGGUGGGCUGGUGGCUUGUCGGGUGACAGAGCUGCAGCGGCAGCCCCUCUGCACCAGCGUGAACACCAUCUACGACAACGCGGUCCGGGGCCUGCGCAGCCACGACAUCCUCCGGUGGGUCCUGCAGACCGAUUCUCAGCAGUGAGCUCGUCCUCAACACACCUGCUGCCUCCCAGCCUUGGAGCUUGGAUUCCUAUGGAAUUGGGUUCUGCUGGACACAACCUCUUUUUAGCGUCAGACCUACCUGCCAUCAUCAAAUGGCUGCUGAUUGGUACUUGAGACCUCCUCUGUAGGACUUCUUUGUUCCUUAGUCAGGGUUCCCUGGUGGAAUAAGGUGAAAUGGGAGGUGGGGACAGUUACCUGCAUGCCUAAAGGAAUAGGCUUGGGGGUGGGGAGAGGAAAAAACAGCCUUUUCUAGUUGUUCUACAAAGCUGUGUAAAGGCAA